CUCUCAUUGUCCCGGACAGUUUUAAUGUGAAGUUGCCAGAUUUAUCUCUCAGUUGCAGCACAGUAGAGAACAGAUAAAGUGUGUGUGCGUGUUUAGUCGAGAAGAUACCGGGAUAACUACAGCAGUACUACACUCUUUGCUCUAAAGUGGAUUUGGAUUUUAUGUACAACAUGACAUUUGAAGAACUAAGUGGGGAUUAUUCUCAAGAAAGAAUGGAUUCAGUGGCGAAAGCUUUGGAAGAAGUGCUCACUUCGGCGAUACCACAGGGCUGCAUUACAGUCGGAGUGUAUGAGGCUGCCAAGUCACUCAAUGUAGAUCCCGAUAAUGUGGUUUUGUGCAUCCUGGCCACUGAUGACGAAGAUGUGAAAGAUGUGGCCCUGCAGAUCCACUUUACCCUCAUUCAGGCUUUCUGCUGCGAGAAUGACAUCAACAUCCUUAGAGUCAACAACACCCGGCGCCUGGCAGAAAUACUCGGGGGAGGACAAAAACAGAGUGGGGGUGAACCUAUGGACCUUCACUGUGUCCUUGUCACUAGCCCACAUUCUACAUCAUGGAAGGACCCUGCUUUGAGCAAAGUGAACCGAUUCUGCAGAGAGAGCCGCUGUAUGGACCAGUGGGUACCCAUCAUCAACCUGCCCGAACGAUGAACUGUUCAGCUGCAAAAUCCUGUAAAAGGACUUGUAUCUGCACAGUAAGAGUGGUGUGAACCCUGAUGGACACAUUACCACCCUGAGAUCAAAUUCCAAAGCACUGCUGACGGGCAAAGAAAAAUUUGAAGGGAAAAAAAGACCCCGCUGUCUACACGGGAUGUAUUUAAAAGAAGAAAAAAAGGAGCUGGGCGAUGGAUUUCCACUUUGGACAGGACUGUUUGGCGUUGUGUCUGUCAGCCUCGGCAACCAAGAUGAGAUGGCGAGGCACUUGUAUCGUCAUGAGGUGGAAAUGUAUUUAAAAAAAGCAUGUGAAGCCGGACACUGUACAGAAGGAUUAUAUCAUGUAUGUUUGGUAAAGCCUUUGUGACGAGUCAGAGAAGUGGGGAGAAACCAGAAAUUGGAGCUGUUGAGUGGACCAAGGCCUCGGCCUCUCUCUACAGAAACAAAGCACUUGUUGAAACACUGGACCUUUUGCAAUUUCACAUAUUUGAUUAAAAUUGUUAAUGUUGCUGUUGCUAUUGUCCUAAUUUAAAAAGGGAAGGGCUACACAUCCAGUGAAGACAUUCUGUGUAUUUAGUGUUUCCUAUGCCAGCUGGUUUUUUGCCACAAGUAAAAUAAUUCUUUUGUUACAAUUUAAGUUAUUUCUAAUGAUAUUUAAGUGUAUUUAUGUUUCAUUUUUUUACCAUUGCAAAAUCUGAAUACAUAUGUAUUGCUGUCAAUAAAAAAGUGUUUUUUUUUGGAA